AUGGCCUCUCAACACGAUGAUCGUCUGCCGACGCUCCUGUCCUCUCUCCCUGCCUCGUCCUACUACUUCUCCCUUGAAUUUUUCCCUCCCAAAACACCCUCAGGCUUCUCCAACCUGCAGGCGCGUCUAGCCCGCAUGGCCACCGCCCUACGGCCUUUAUUUGUCACUGUGACCUGGGGCGCAGGCGGUUCCACCGCCACCAAAUCCUUGGAGCUGGCUGAAGUAUGUCAACGACAAAUUGGGCUCACGACAGUGCUGCAUUUGACCUGUACGAAUAUGAAGAGGCAUAUGAUUGACGAGGCAUUAGAGGGGGCCAAGGAGAUUGGGAUUAGAAACAUUUUGGCACUGAGAGGAGAUCCGCCUCGGGAAGAGUACAAGGAUGUCACGGCCACAGACGACAGUGAGAGCGGCAGUGGUGGUGCGGGCACGGAGAGCAACCAAGAGUUUACGUGGGCGGUGGACUUGGUACGAUAUAUCCGGCGAAAACACGGCGACUAUUUUGCAGUUGGUGUCGCAGGUUACCCUGAAGGCCAUGCAGACGAAUCACACCCAGAGCAGGGGAAACAGAGUGUCGAACAUGAUCUACCAUAUCUUGCCGAGAAAGUCGCUGCUGGCGCCGAUUUCAUUAUGACGCAGCUCACCUAUGAUAUCGAGGCCUACGCCGCAUAUGAGAAGAGAUUGAGGGGGUACACUGACCAGGACGGCAAAAAGUUGUUCGAGAGGAUCCCCAUCAUUCCCGGCCUGAUGCCCAUCCAAUCCUACCAAAUCAUCAAACGAAUCACCAAACUCAGCCACGCGAAACUGCCCGAAAAAAUUGCCCAGCGAGUUGAACGUGUAAAAACGGACGACGAAGCAGUAAAAAAGGUUGGAGUCGACAUCCUUUCGGAGCUGGUUGAAGAAAUGAAGGCAUUGCCACAGCCGGAAGCUCUUCCUCGGGGUUACCACUUCUACACGCUUAACCUGGAGAAGAGUGUAUCAUUCAUUCUAGAAAGAACAGGGCUGAUCCCCUCGAUUUCCAGCGAAGGGAGUGUUGAGGAGAAAGACGGAGACUCGGCAUCUGGUUCAGAUGUGGCUGUUGACGACAGCCAGCACGAUACUCCGGUUAUUGUGACGACAGGGCCCAUGGAUAACAGAGACGAAAACGGACAACAAUCUUCUGGCUUUAUGCGACGCCGGAGAAGUUCUGUCAACGCGCAGCCUCACAAUCGUGUCAUAACAGAUCGGAGAACUGAAACCCGAACACAAUCUCGCCGACCUGACUCGGACACUGACCCUCCGGGUUCGGGACCGAGUCCAAAUAUAAAACUGACAUCUCAACAUUCAGCCAGAGAUCGCGGCACUGGCAUUCCUGCUGCAUCUCCUUCCCGGCGGCACAGCCUGCUCAUCUCUGAGGGACAAGGGUCUUUGGGUCGUGAAGCAACUUGGGAUGAUUUUCCCAACGGUCGCUGGGGACCCUCUCAUUCACCUGCGUUUGGCGAGAUUGAUGGCUACGGGCCGAGUCUGAAAGUGAGCCCGCUUGUGGCGAGGAAGCUCUGGGGCUAUCCGAGGAGCAGAGAAGACGUCACGGAGUUGUUCAAACGCCACGUGUUGGGAGAGUUGAUGGCUGUACCAUGGAGUGAUGAUAUCGACCCUGAUUUGACCUCUCCUAACGGGGCAUCAGUCGAUGGGUCCAAGAACUCGAGUGCGCUACGCGCUGAGACGGACGUGAUUCGGUCUGAGCUCCAAUCUCUCAUCAGCAGUAAGAACUACUGGACCCUUGCCUCCCAACCUGCUGUUGACGGCGCCCCUUCAUCUGAUCCCAUCUUCGGCUGGGGACCUCCAGGGGAAGGAUUUGUCUUUCAAAAGGCGUUUGUGGAGUUCUUCUGUGGGCGAGAUGAGUGGGAGCAGAAUCUGCGGCCACGAUUGAUGAAGUAUGGGAGUGACGUGCUUGGUUGGAUGAAGACAGACGCUGAGGGGGUGUUUGAAAGCAGUGAACUGGUAGCCCGGGAUCAUGCUCGAACAAAGAAGGCUACGUUGGCGGAUACGGAGAAGGAGAACACGAAACCGGGCUCUCCUCUCUACCCUUCAGACCAGAAGUCCGCUUUUUCGACCUCAUCUACCUCGCCGAUGAAUACGGUCAAUGCCGUGACAUGGGGAGUAUUCCCCUCCCGCGAAAUCUUGACACCGACCAUCAUCGAAGCCGAAUCCUUUCGUGCCUGGGCACAAGAAGCCUAUGCAAUAUGGAAUGAGUGGAAGCGUUGCUUCCCCAGAGGAAGCCAAGAGGCUGUGUUCUUGGAGAAGAUGGGGAAGGACAAUGUAUUGGUCAAUGUGGUGGGACAGGCGUUCAGAGGAGGCCAUGAUGGCGGAAAGGGAGAAGGGGCCAGACUUUGGAGGAUAUUGUUGGCCGAGGAAGGGGAGGGCUAG